CGGAAGCGGGGCGGGCGGGGCGGGAGCCGGAAGCGGCGGCCGAGGGGACGAUGCCGCUGCCCGUCCAGGUCUUUAACUUGCAGGGUGCAGUGGAGCCCAUGCAGAUUGACGUAGAUCCACAAGAAGAUCAGCAAAAUUCACCUGAUAUCAACUAUGUGGUGGAGAACCCCACACUGGAUUUGGAGCAGUAUGCAUCCAGCUACUGUGGGCUGAUGCGAAUCGAGCGGCUGCAGUUCAUUGCUGAUCACUGUCCACAGCUGAGGGUGGAAGCUCUCAAGAUGGCUCUGUCAUUUGUCCAGAGAACUUUCAAUGUUGAUGUGUAUGAAGAAAUCCACAGAAAGCUGUCUGAGGCCACCAGAGAACUGCAGAAUACACCUGAUGCUGUCCCCGAUAGUGGAAUUGAACCCCCUCCUCUUGACACAGCUUGGGUCGAAGCUACACGCAAAAAAGCUCUUCUUAAACUGGAGAAACUUGACACAGAUCUGAAAAAUUACAAAGGGAACUCCAUCAAGGAGAGUAUCAGGAGAGGCCAUGAUGACUUAGGUGAUCAUUAUCUGGAUUGUGGGGACCUCAGCAAUGCUCUCAAGUGUUACUCACGAGCCCGUGAUUACUGCACCAGUGCUAAACAUGUCAUCAACAUGUGUCUCAAUGUCAUCAAGGUCAGUGUCUACCUCCAGAAUUGGUCUCAUGUUCUGAGCUACGUAAGCAAGGCUGAGUCUACACCAGAGAUUGCAGAACAAAGAGGAGAAAGAGACAGCCAGACACAAGCAAUUCUCACCAAACUGAAAUGUGCAGCAGGCUUGGCCGAACUAGCUGCCCGGAAGUACAAACAGGCAGCAAAGUGCUUCUUGUUGGCAUCAUUUGAUCACUGUGAUUUCCCUGAGCUGUUAUCUCCCAGCAAUGUGGCUGUGUAUGGUGGGCUCUGUGCCCUUGCCACCUUUGACCGUCAGGAACUGCAACGAAAUGUUAUCUCCAGUAGCUCCUUCAAAUUGUUUUUGGAGCUGGAGCCACAGGUUCGUGACAUCAUUUUCAAGUUUUAUGAAUCUAAAUAUGCUUCAUGCCUGAAGAUGCUGGAUGAGAUGAAGGACAACCUGCUGCUGGAUAUGUACCUUGCACCUCAUGUCAGGACACUCUAUACCCAGAUUCGAAAUCGUGCCCUUAUCCAGUACUUCAGUCCCUAUGUGUCGGCAGACAUGCGCAAGAUGGCCACUGCUUUUAACACCACAGUGGCUGCUCUGGAAGAUGAGCUCACUCAGCUGAUUCUGGAGGGACUGAUCAAUGCCAGAAUAGACUCGCACAGUAAGAUUCUUUAUGCUCGAGAUGUUGAUCAGCGCAGCACAACUUUUGAGAAAUCCUUACUAAUGGGCAAAGAGUUCCAGCGCCGUGCCAAGGCCAUGAUCCUGCGCGCGGCCGUCCUGCGCAACCAGAUACACGUCAAGUCUCCUCCGAGAGAAGGCAGCCAAGGGGAGCUCACUCCAGCUAACAGCCAAUCCAGGAUGAGCACCAAUAUGUGAAAAACUUCGUGCACUACCAACAGAAAUGGUCCCUCAGGACUGUACCCAGUGUCUCACCCACUAACUGCUGAGCUUCACAACUGUCCCUGUCUCCCUCACUUCUUGCUCAGAUUGAGAGGGUCAGGGCUGAUGGUGGAUAACAUGAAUAUUCCAAUAACUUCAGUUCUUCUUGAAAAGAGAUUCUUUCUAAAAAAAGCAUCCCUGCAAUGGGUCAUCAUUUCAGUUUUGGUAGAACAUCUUCCUCCAUUCUUCUUCCACCACUCCAUAAAGAGCUGUCAGGUUAUUCAUACAGAUGCUGAGUUGAGACUUUUUCAGCUGCUAUUAGUUUUCUUAUUUCUAAGCUGCAAAAAUAGUUGAAUGGACAGGCAUGAUAUAAGAUUAAUUUUGCUGACCUGAAAGUAUUGCCUUGAUUUUGAGCAAUGCUGAGCUUUCUGUUUUCCAGAUAAACUUACAAAUGCAUUGCUCUCAAUUAUGGAGCUAGAGUUCUGAUGGGAGAGAUUUCCUUUGAGAAACUCUGAGUGAAUUUUCACCUGCACCAGAAAAUGUCAUCGCUUCCAUGUAUUCAGUCACAGGCCUUUAUUUUAGGGUUUUAUGUUUACCUGCAUCCAGGUUCUCUCUCUCUGGUCUCUGUUUUCAAAGACCUGUUUCCUGAUGCAUUUCCCACUUGUGUGUGGCCUGGCUUUGGGGUCCAGUGUUAUCAUAGCAGUAAAUCUCUACUUCAUGCAAAUAUUGCUUCUUGUCCAGUCUUACUGUCGUAGCGUGUGAUGGUUUCCCCACAUGUGCAACAGCUGUUUCUGGUAGCAUGGAUAAAUGCCAUAAAACAUGACUCAAGUCUUGUGGAAGCCCUGAAAACAGUCAGUCUGGGUGUCCAGUCUCCAGGUGCAUUUAUUCUGCUUUUCCUUUUAUAAAGGGGUCAAAUGUGGCAGCCCAGGGGGUGUGUGUGUGUGUGUGUGUGUGUGUGUGUGUGUUUUUUCGUCCUGUGUUCAUGAAAGGAGAUAUGCACUGAAUUUUCUGAAGUCACUGCAGCCUUGUAUACAUUAAUCCAUAAGGCAAGCUGAGAAUUUUGAUCCAGCCCUGAGUGGUCUGGUAACUGACUACAGAUGUUACUGUUAAUGCGUUCAUGCUUGUGGUUUUGGGUUUUUUUUUUAAUAAGUUGUUAUAUCUAGUGCAUUAAACAGCAGGAUUAAAAGCUUCUGAGUAUUUGGAGUUCUGUGUUAAAGGGUUCCUGUAGGAACAGCGUUCUCUCCAGGCUUUCCAUGCUUUUUGUGACUUAGGUGCUGAAAAUGGAAACAGUAGUUCCUGUGAGGUCUUUGGUUAAAUGUCUUCCAUUUUGCCAUGGAAAAAUUCUCCCGUGAUUGAGGGGAGAACUUUGCAUUGGGCAUCACUGAUGGCCAGUUUAGUGAGAAAGGCAGGUUGAGUUCUCGGGUAAAUUGCUGUACAUCCUUAGAGAAAUGCAGGGAAACUACUGCAAUGCCUUCUGUUCAUGCAGAAGGAAAGCCUUUCAGCCCUAUAAUGCUGCUUAAACAUUCUUGCUUUCUUCCCAAAACGGGCCACUGAUAUUUAUAAACAAGAAGAUUUUAUGCUCUGUUCUUUAAAAGGUGGUUUUGCUUCUCAGUGAAGUGCAUCCUGUCAGGUGGCUCUCUGUGCUUUUACUGUAUGACUGUCCCUCCCUGGAAGCUUUCUGCUGCAGGGCUCCUCAGUGGUCAGUGAUGUCCUGAGCUGGCUGGAGUCUCUGCUGUCUCACUCAGCAGCUGCUCACAUACGGCCCUUCACAGCCACACGGGGCCCACGAGGUGGACACAGCAGUUUCCAGCUCUUGCUGUGGCCCGAGGCCAUUUUGUAGCUGGGGCAGAAGUGAUCAGUUUUCUUCUCCCCAGACAAAAAUGCUUGCAGCCUCUUCUGAACAGAUCGAGCAUUUCUCUUUUAGUGCUUAGUUCAUUGGCAUCAUGGAUGCUUUUGUGUAGAAUUACCAAUAUGUAACUCUCUCCUUUAGCCUGUGAAAGAAGCUGCUGUUGCUUUAGGAUAUUGCAGAUGUGAGUCAGAGCUGUCCAGACAUGUUUCUUCUAGACAUUGUCCAAUGCCUGCUUCAGUCCUGCCUGCCAGUCCCAAAACACAGAAAAAAUAACAGUGUGGAUAUAGUUCUGGGUAACUUGUAUUCAGAAGCAGUUCCACCCAGUAAAAAUUAUUCUUACCUUAAAUUUCUAAAUAAUUUCCCAAAUAAUAAAUGGGAAAAUGGUAACUAACAUAGAUGGAAUUUUCAGUGAUUCCCUGUGACCACCAAGGCCAUUCAGUGGAUGAAGUUUUGUGGGAUGCAGCAUGUCAGUACAUCUUAAGAUAUGAUCAGAAGUACGCAUUUAAAUGGAUUUAAUGAACUCAUGUAGCACUUUUUUAUUGAUAAGGAAAUGCCAGUGGUAGACCAUGAUGGGGUCCUCAGGCAAUGUAAAUCCUGCUUUCUUUACGUGACUUACCUAGGAAUAAAGGAAAAACAGUUGGAAAGAACCUUGGCACAACCACUAUUAGUGGUAAUGUAGAAACUGCCAUUAUGAGAUUUGUGUUGGAGUAGUUGGGUGUGAUUGGUAAUUAUCUGUCCAGAUCUCAUCCAGCACAGGGGUCUGUGCUGCCAAGAUCUGCAGCAGGGGGUCUGUAAGAGGAGAUUAUGGACUGUGGCUGGUGCAGCAUCAUCUGUGAGCUGCUGUGGCUGAAAGGCUUCAGUGGGUGAAGGAGAAAAUAUCAAGAGUUGGGUCUUUGCCUCAGGCCACGUGCAUAUGGUCUGUGCCACUUCCUGGGACCCUGCAGCAAUGGUCUCAGCAUUACUUCCUAACUUAGUUGAAAUUUCAGCAUUGUUCCAUCCUCUGGACAGCUCCCAAAACUACUGCUGAACAAGGUAUUAGUUCUGAUACAUGGAAUGCAAUAUAAACUUUCAGAAAAAACAAAUGAGGAAACUUUAACAAUAGCAAUGAUGCUUCUGAAAAAGACCCAUCAUAUAUAGCUAGUAAGUACUUGUCAAGCAUUGAUUUAUUUUUUUUUUUAAGAGUAAAGUCUCAGCAGAUUUAAUUUGACUAUUUGAGAUUCUUAUGCCAUCUUCUUUGUUACUCUGUGAAGCAGCUGGCAGUGGGUGAGCAGUGUGCUCCACAGGACAGUGCUCUUGGUAUUUCCUACACCAUCUGCUGGUGAGGACUGAGGCUGAGACAAGUCAGUGUUUCACUUUUCUGAUAGUCCAUCAGCUGCGAAUUUGCAGUGGGGUGAAAACUACCAAACUGGUGCGGAACUGACUUCUGCUUCCUCUGAUGCUGUUAGGGAAUAGGGGAAGGAUUACUAUCUGCUUUUCAAAUGAGCUUUGUGCUUCAGCUGAUGUUAUUUUGGCUUCUGUGUUCCUAAGGAUCUCUGAAUUCCACUCAACAUCCUAUGGGGUUGCUGGUGUAGUUUUAGACUGCCUCGUAGGAUAACUUGAUCAGGCUAAAUUAAUUUGAAUGCGAACAGAACCUGGCUAAUAGGGUAUGUCAAGCUGUAAGAGAAAUGUUCAAGAUUCGGUAAUUAAAAGUUUGGUAAAUUCAUAAUGCAAUUAAGGCAGUUUCUUGACAGCAAAGAAAUAAUUCAAGCUUCAGCUUCAGUAGGCUUAUUAAAAGCUACAGACUGAAGGGCAGCUGCAUUAGCAAGAGAUGGUCUAAUUCAAACAAGAACUCAAGUGGCAAGACCUGAAAAUCUUGGAUUAGGAUGGGUAAUCUUCUUGUCCCUGGCCCCACAGAUACCACUGUUUCAGUUCUCCAAACAUUCUGCAGCUCUGGCUUUGACUGUUGUAUUCCCAGUGCCUGUAGUUUAUGUAACUGUGAAGCCUCUGUGUGCAUAUAGUUUGUACCCUAUAAAUACAUGCUGAAAUAUG